AUGGCUUCUCCACCACCUAUGAGAGGGCUAAAGGAAGAGAAUGGUGAAAAGGCAGAUGAGAAAAUGGGAGUUUAUGUGACAUGGAAAGAGCUAAGUGUAACAGUCUCCAAUGGAAGCAAAUUUAUUCUUCAAGGCCUCACUGGUUAUGCACAACCUUCUCAGGUUUUGGCCAUCAUGGGUCCUUCUGGCUCUGGCAAAUCUACUCUUCUUGAUGCAUUGGCUGGUAGGUUAGAUUCAAGAACAAGGCACACAGGAGAGAUUCUAAUCAAUGGUCGUAAACAGUGGUCAGCAUAUGGGACAAUGGCUUAUGUGACUCAGGAUGAUACUCUUACAUGGACUCUUACUGUUAGAGAAGCUGUGUUCUACUCAGCACAGCUUCAACUCCCCAAGUCCAUGUCGAUAUCUGAGAAAAAAGAGCGGUCAGAGACAACCAUAAGGGAGAUGGGGCUGCAGGACUCCAUGGACACAAGAAUAGGAGGGUGGGGAAGCAAAGGCCUCAGUGGUGGCCAAAAGAGGAGGGUUAGCAUUUGCAUCGAGAUUUUAACGCGCCCAAAGCUUCUCUUCCUUGAUGAACCAACGAGCGGAUUAGACAGCGCUGCAUCUUAUUUUGUCAUGAGGAGGAUCGUGGACCUUGCUCAACAAAAUGGAAUGACAAUUAUCGCGUCCAUUCAUCAACCUAGCAGUGAAGUCUUUGAGCUUUUCCCUAAUCUUUGUCUUCUUUCUUCAGGUAGAACCAUAUAUUUUGGUCCCUCUCAUUGUGCUAAUGAGUUUUUUGCAUUGAAUGGCUUCCCAUGCCCAGCUCUCCAGAAUCCAUCUGAUCACUAUCUUAGAACAAUCAAUACAGACUUUGAUGAGGACAUUGAACAAGGCAUUAGUGGAAAGAAAACAACUGAGGAAGUGAUUAAUAUGCUUGCAAAAUCUUAUGAAUUAUCAGACACCUGCAAGCAGAUUCAAAGACAGGUUGCUGAGAUAUGUAGACAAGGUGGAGGAGAAUUGGAGAAGAAGGGGAGCCAAGCUAGUUUCAUUAUUCAAUGCCUCAUUCUUACUCGAAGGUCUUUCUUGAACAUGCAUCGUGAUCUAGGUUAUUAUUGGUUGCGACUUGUUAUCUAUGUCACGUUGGGUUUAGGGCUAGGCACUGUCUUCCAUGAUGUUGGCACUGGCUAUGAAUCGAUUCGAGCAAGAGGUUCAAUGAUCAUGUUCGUGGUGUCCUUCUUGACAAUCAUGGCCAUUGGAGGGUUCCCAUCAUUUGUGGAGGAAAUGAAGGUGUUUAGACGUGAAAGAUUAAAUGGGCACUACGGCCCUGGUGCAUUCGUCAUUGGCAACACGUUUUCUUCAAUGCCUUUCUUGCUCAUCAUCUCAUUGAUCCCUGGUGCAAUUACUUACUACCUUGUUGGACUUCAACAAGGAGGCGAAUGCUUCGUUUACUUUGUAACGGUACUUUUUACUUGUAUGCUAUUGGUCGAGAGCUUGAUGAUGAUUGUUGCAAGCAUCAUGCCAAACUUCCUUAUGGGGCUAAUAACAGGUGCUGGAAUCCAAGGACUGAUGAUACUAAGCGGCGGGUUUUUUCGAUUACCAAGUGAUCUUCCCAAGCUUUUAUGGAGGUAUCCAUUGUACUACAUUGCCUUCCACAAGUAUGCCUAUCAAGGGCUAUAUAAGAAUGAGUUUGAAGGGCUAACAUUUCCUAGUAAUGAAGCAUUAGGGCAUCCUACUACCAUCAAUGGUGACAAAAUUUUGAGGGAUAUAUGGCAAGUAGAAAUGGGAUACUCCAAGUGGAUCGAUUUAGCUAUCUUAUUUGCAAUGGUGGUAGUUUAUAGACUCAUAUUCUUCGUAAUUAUUAAGAUUUUUGAAAUAAUUAAGAUUGUGAUAGAGAAUGGAUUCUCUAAAUUGCUUCUACAAAAGAUUCAAUGUCAUAUGAUAAGUAAACAAUUACAAAAUUAA